AUGCUGCGCGCCUCCAUUCUUCGGGCCAGCCCAGCCGCCAGGCCAUUGGCUCGACAGGCUCGCCCGCAAUGGCGCCUCGCCCAGCGCUUCUACGCCGACGACAAAAAGCUCAGCGAGACGGCCAUUCCUAACCCUGCGCCUACAGUCACUCCCUCCACACCCAUCGAAAAAGCCACCAUCCCCGCUGCCGACGUCCCAAAGCCACCGCCUGCCCCCGAGACGGUUGCCGCAUCUUCAGCAUCGCGCUCAGCUCCCGUCAUUCAACCUGCAACAACACCCCCUACUGGCCGCGGGACAGCGAGCAUAGCACCCAAUCCACAGCAGCCGAAGCCCAGGAAGCGACGAUACUUCCGAAAGCUCCUGCUGUGGCUGACCAUCCUGUCUGGCCUCGGAUAUGCGGGAGGUGUCUGGUACUCCCUGGAGUCGGACAACUUCCACGACUUCUUCACCGAGUACGUUCCCUUUGGCGAGGACGCUGUCGCAUACUUCGAGGAGCGCGAGUUCAGAAAACGCUUCCCCGGCCGCGCUACCCCGGGGAGGUUGCACCCACAAAUAUCAGGAGAGAACAAGGUCACAAUUCCGGUAAAGAGCGGUUUGAGUGCGCGCGUUGCCCAGAAGGAAUCCAGCAGUGAUCUUGGGGCCAAAGGUCCCCAUCUAAGCGCCGUUGACAGCUCGGCCGAGCCAAAGGUCGGCUCCAACACACCACCCAAGGGAACGCAGGAGAAGAAGCAGGAGGCGACACAGCAGGAGAAGCCGAAGACAGUGACUCCCGAGGUCAAGGCUGCGCCAGCUAAGCCCGUUACCCAGCUCGACCACCUCGGCGUACCAUCUGCCAACGAGCCUGUCGUCCAGGAUGUCGUCAAGAUCGUGAAUGAUCUCAUCACAGUCAUCAAUGCGGAUACCGCUCACGAUGGCAAGUACAACUCGGCGCUGGACAAGGCCAAGUCUGAGCUUGGAAGGGUCGUCUCAGAUAUCAAUUUGAUGAAGGAGAACUUGCAAAAGUCCGCCGAGGAGAAGAUCAAAGCCGCCCACAGCGAAUUCGACGAGGCCGCAAAGGAGCUUGUGCAGCGAUUGGACCAUCAAAUGCAAGCUCAGGAGACGCACUGGAAAGAGGAAUACGAAAACGAGCGAGAACGCCUAUCCCAGACGUACAAGGAGAAGCUACGCUCUGAGCUCGAUGCUGCGCACAAGGUGUACGAGCAGAAGGUCAAGAACGAGCUGCUUGAGCAAAAUAUCAAACUGCAAAAGUCAUUCACCGCGAACAUCCGAGAUCGCGUCGAGUCUGAGCGUGAUGGACGCCUGGGCAAGCUGAACCAGCUGUCCUCUUCAGUCCAUGAACUUGAGAAGCUGACCGGGGAGUGGAACGACGUUGUCGACGCUAACCUCAAGACACAACACCUCGUCGUCGCCGUCGAGGCUGUCAAGUCCGCGCUCGAAACCCAGGCCACACCCAAGCCCUUUGUCACUGAACUCGCAGCCCUCAAGGAGAUCGCCGCCGAUGAUCCCGUAGUCAGCGCUGCUAUCGCCAGCAUCAACCCUACCGCCUACCAGCGUGGUAUCCCCAGCCCAGCGCUGCUAAUCGACCGCUUCCGACGCGUUGCUUCAGAGGUCAGGAAAGCCGCUCUUCUCCCUGAAGACGCUGGUGUCGCCUCCCACAUCGCCUCGCUCGCUAUGUCCAAGGUUCUCUUCAAGAAGUCUGGCCUUGCGCUUGGUGGAGAUGUGGAAGCCGUGCUCGCCCGAACUGAAGUGUUGCUCGAGGAGGGUGACUUGGACGCCGCGACACGAGAAAUGAACGGACUGCAGGGGUGGGCCAAGGUGCUCAGCAAAGACUGGUUGAGCGAGUGUAGGAGAGUUCUUGAGGUUAGGCAAGCGUUGGAUGUUAUCGCUACAGAGGCGCGUUUGAACAGCCUACUGAUUGACUGA